UGCUGUGAGUAGACACGCCUGCGUUUAGGAGAUAUAAAACUUGUUACAAGACAAAUCACAAAACGCUAGUUAGUGCCAGUGGCGCCGCGAGCGGCAAAAAUACGCAUUUUCAAAACUCCCCGAAUAUAUUCCAAAAUCCAAACAGGUAACCAUAUUAUAGAUAGGCUGUAGGCAUUAGUACCAAAUGCUGUCCUGGAUUGGCCUUUAUGCAAUUGCUUAGUACCUACCUACUAAGGACUUGAGAUAAUCAAGAAAAAAAAAUUUAAAACCUUCUGAAAAACAUGUGAAAUCAUUCUCGGAGGAAUAACACAUGGAUAAGGGGGCCAAGAGGAAGAUUGCAUAAGACUUCAAGUUACAUUCAUCCGGCACUGCUCAAAUGACUGGGACAAUGACGCUAUCUAUAGGUAACGCACAUUAGUCAUAACCCUAGUGACUUCUUAUAGGUAGGCGUCUACAUUUUCGCAACGUAAGUAUCGAACGCAUUGCAUUUAACGGAUUUUAUUUACAACGCGUCCACAGUAUCAGCAGCAUCAGUUGUCGAGACCUCUCUCAUUUCGAAAAAAACAACUUAUUUCAUUCAUAUUAAAUGGGAAUUUGAAUUUGUAAGUACCUGCGCCGUUUUCCGUUUUUAAUUAAUUUGGAGUUGUUUUCACCUCUAUUUUGUGGUUUUUUAGCUAAUGUUAUCCAAAAAGCUUACAUUAUAUUUUGACAAUUUUAACAAAAAAUAAAACUAUUAUUAAUUUGUCAAUUUUCUCAUUUGACGUAUUUUUCACCAAAUCAUGGGGGAAUGUAAAUUUUCCUCCAUGAUUUUAUUCUAUUGUAAUUUUAAUCUAAUUAUAUAAAAAUGAAAAUUGUAAUUUAAAUCUUUAAGUAAACGUUAAAUCGGCAAUCAGCCCACCACAAUGGCUAAUACACAAAAUUGUAACUUCUUAUUAUAUAUAUUUAAUGAUUUUUAUACUGUUUUUGAUUAUUGUUAAUAGUGUAUCAGUUUUAUGUACUAGCCUUCGUUUUCAUCAGCAUCAGACCAACAUGAUUUCUUCACAAAUGUGGUGCCUGAUGAAUGAAGUAAAACCUCAGUAAAAAUGAAGUAAAACAUGUCUUGGAACGACGGUGUAAGCUCGACAGACCGAAGAAUAUUGCGAAAAUCAUUUCAGGAUGAAAAUGAGAAUACUGAUGAAGUAAUGGAAAUUCUAAAACAUACUCAAAUUUUUGUUGCUCUUAUAGACUAGUUGUAAACCAGCAUGAAGUUAGUAAUCAGCGGCGUGAACUAUAUAGUAGACUUAAGUUAUGACUUAAUUCUAGAUCAAAUUCAUCAAACCUUUUUUACAACACUUAUUGCUUUUACAGAAUAUUGAGGACAAGUCAAUACAAGUAGAAAGAUCUAAAGCGCUUCACGAACUUACAGUAUCACAUAAACACUACCAAAAUAAUCUUCUUGUGGAAGAUCUUGGAUCAGUAAAAAUAAAGGAAGUAAGUAGUAGAAUGGCGACCCCGCACUAGAAAGCGCAGUGUUGGUCGACCCCCCACCAGGUAAACUGACGACAUCAAGCGAGUCGCAGGGAUUCGCUGGAUGCAGGCAACUCAGGAUCGUGAUGUUUGUAAGUCCCUACAAAAGGCUUUGUUCUGCAGUGCGCGAUCAUCGGCUGAUAUGAUGAUGAUGAUUAGGAAGUACUAGUAGAUAGAAAAUUAUUAAAACAAUGACUGAUAAAGUUAACUAAUUAUACAGUAGACAUUAUUGGUUUAAUAGUAGUUAAACAUCCAAAAUUUUUUAGUCGAUUCAUGAAAAUGAAUUAGAGACUGAAGAUGGAAACGCUUAUGAGAACCCAAACAAACUCAAGCUAACAAAAAUGAAGUGGCUUACUGAAGAACGCACGGAAUCCUCGAAUUCUAGUUCUCCGUAUCUAACACGAAACAGUUCUAUGACUUCUUUGGAUAGUAAUGAAAACGGCGAUGUGAUGGACAGCAAAGAUAGUGUUUCAGAGAAAUGCCUAUCGACAAUACUACGGCUCGAUCGUGAACAUAACAUGUUUGGAUUGUCAAAUAUAGCCAUUGUUGGUAAGGACUUUCCAAAGAAAAAACACAAAAAAGAUAAUGAUGAUCCAGUAUUUCCUCAGACAGCCAUAAUAGAGAUAUGCAUUGCGAGACGCUGCUGUAAACAUAAGAGUAACACGGAUUUGCCGGCUUCCCUCAAGUGUAACGCUUGUCAAAGUUGCUGCGGUAAUCCAUGUUGCUCACUUUGCAGUCGAAAAUGUGGAUUCUUAUGUGAAGAUCGCGGUCUAUGCUCAUUGCCUUGCUCAACACCUCCCAGCCAAUGCCCACGAGGAACGUGUAUUUGCAAGAUCUCCUUUAAAAGGAAAACAACAUUCGACCUUUCUCCUAAUGAACUUACACCAAGAUCGAGCUGCAUUUUGCAAAAACCCAUGGCAGCUCGCUCCUGCCACCACCUACCACAAUGUGUGCCGCCGUCCUCCUGCUUCCCUUAUCUCAUGCCAUGCUACUGGCCGGCAAGGGCGGGGGCGCCAUGCAACAACCCAUCCCAAUGCUUCCACAACCCACCGUGUCGACCACCGCGAAGGAGGAAGUCUUACAUUCCACCUGAAGAAACAUGCCCUAAAACGGUGAAGUGUGAGUCUAGGGAGGAGAAAUGUACUAAUCAAGCCUGCCCAGGGAAAAAGAAGAAAAUUAUCCAGUGCGAAUGUGAUGUGCCUGUGUGCACGGGGUGUUUUGUGCAUAGACCUACGGUUACAAGCGCUAAAUCUGACGAAACCGUGGGCGAACAACAAAAAAUAGCUAAAUCUGACGGAACCGUGGGCAAACAAUAAACAAGAGCUAAGUCUGACGAAACCAUCAGCAAACAAUAUAUAAUAGCUAAGUCUGAUGAAACCGUGGGCAAACAAUAAACAAGAGUUAAGUCUGACGAAACCGUGGACAAACAAUAAACAAGAGUUAAGCCUGGCAAAACCGUGGGCAAACAAUAAACAAGAGUUAAGUCUGACGAAACUGUGGGCAAACCAUAAACAAUAGCUAAGCCUGACGAAAUCGUGGGCAAACAAUAAUCAAGAGUUUAAGCCUUGACGAAAUCCUCGGCAAACGAUAACCAAAAGCUAAGUCUGACGAAACCAUGAGCAAACAAUAAACAAUAAGUAGGUAAGCCUUCUGAAACCCUGGGCAAACAAUAAACAAGAGUUAAGCCUGACGAAACCGUGGGCAAACCAUAAAGAAUGUGUGCGAGUUUUCUUGCCGUGGACCUUGAGAUCAAUUUGAUCAAAAGAUUUAUCAGGUAACUUGUAACUUAAUUGUGCUUUCUCUCCAUCUUCUUAAUAAUAGUGUCAGAUCUGGCAAUGUUUUCGAGAUAUAAUUUUAGAAAGGCUUGUUUAGCUGCCAUUAUAAACUAGCUAGAGUUUAUAAUGCCGGGGAAUAAAAAAGUCAACAACAACUUGUCCUGAAAUUACCUACUAUAAUUUGAUUUUCCGAUGUUGCUUGCUCCAUACAUAGGUUUAUCGUUUAUGUAGGUAUUAUAUUUAAAAAAAGUAAAGGGUGUAUGUUUGUGAGGUAUUAGGGGAUAAACUUAGGAUUUACUAAACCGAUUUUCAAAUAAUUUUACCAAUGGAAAGCCACGUCGGCUAGUUACAAAUAAACAUAACAGUUUUAAUAAUUGAUUUCAGAUAGCGCUGCACUUAUUCAGACACGCUCCGGAGACAAGGAAUGUAAAAUGAAAUUUUAAUGUAACUUUUAUCUAAUAAAAAGCAUUUAAAA